AUGGGAAAAGAAAAGGUCCAUAUCAACAUUGUCGUCAUUGGACACGUCGAUUCUGGAAAGUCCACCACCACCGGGCACCUCAUCUACAAAUGUGGAGGGAUCGACAAGCGCACCAUCGAGAAGUUCGAGAAGGAAGCGCAAGAAAUGGGCAAGGGAUCGUUCAAGUACGCCUGGGUGCUGGACAAACUGAAGGCCGAGCGCGAGCGUGGAAUCACCAUCGACAUCGCUCUGUGGAAGUUCGAGACCGCCAAAUACUACGUCACCAUCAUUGACGCACCUGGACAUCGUGACUUCAUCAAAAACAUGAUCACGGGAACUUCUCAAGCUGAUUGUGCUGUGUUGGUUGUCGCCUGUGGUACUGGAGAGUUCGAGGCUGGAAUCUCAAAGAAUGGGCAAACCCGCGAGCACGCUCUUCUUGCCCAGACUCUCGGAGUGAAGCAACUUAUCGUCGCUUGCAACAAGAUGGACUCCACCGAACCACCAUUCUCUGAGGCUCGCUUCACUGAGAUCAAGACUGAGGUUUCCAAUUUCAUCAAGAAAAUUGGAUACAACCCAGACACUGUUCCAUUCGUGCCAAUUUCCGGGUUUAACGGAGACAACAUGCUUGAAACUUCUUCCAACAUGUCAUGGUUUAAAGGAUGGGAAGUCACCCGCAAGGAAGGAAACGCCUCUGGAAAGACUCUUCUCGAUGCCUUGGACGCGAUCCUCGCACCGCAGCGCCCAACCGACAAGCCUCUCCGACUUCCCCUCCAAGAUGUCUACAAAAUCGGCGGCAUUGGAACCGUGCCUGUUGGGCGUGUCGAGACCGGCCUCAUCAAGCCUGGGAUGGUCGUUACCUUCGCCCCACAGAACGUCACCACUGAGGUAAAGUCUGUUGAGAUGCACCACGAGUCGCUUCCUGAAGCUGCCCCCGGAGACAAUGUUGGUUUUAACGUCAAGAACGUCUCAGUAAAGGAUAUUCGACGAGGAUCCGUCUGCUCGGACUCCAAGAACGACCCAGCAAAAGAGGCCCGCUCUUUCACCGCUCAGGUGAUCAUCAUGAACCACCCUGGACAAAUUGCGGCCGGAUACUGCCCAGUGCUCGACUGUCACACUGCUCACAUUGCUUGCAAGUUUGCUGAGCUUAAGGAGAAAGUCGACCGCCGUACUGGAAAGAAAGUUGAGGACAACCCCAAGGCUUUGAAGAACGGAGACGCCGGAAUUGUCGAGCUCAUCCCAACCAAGCCUCUCUGUGUUGAAGCCUUUACGGACUACCCUCCGCUUGGACGAUUCGCCGUUCGCGACAUGAGGCAAACCGUUGCUGUAGGCGUCAUCAAGGGAGUCGACAAAUCCGAGGGAGGUGGAGGCAAGGUGACGAAGGCAGCUCAAAAGGCCGGAGCCCCCGCUGGCAAGAAGAAG